AAUUCCAGGGAGGCGGGGCGGAGACGGCGGGCGCUGAGGCCGCGGCAGCGGCGCUGGCUGCCCGAUCCGGAUCCGCCGUGGCUCGGGCGGCGCCUCCCUGCGGCGGCCCCGGCACCAUCCGUCCUCUGCCGGGGCGAUGCUCCCCGGGGCUGCGGGAUGAGCCAGCAAUCCUGACCUGUGUCCCUGCCCACAGUGAUUUGGCUGGCCCGGGCAUGGCGGACCCAGUCGCGGGCAUCGCCAGCUCUGCAGCCAAGAGUGUGAGGCCAUUCCGCUCAAGUGAGGCCUAUGUGGAGGCCAUGAAGGAGGACCUGGCCGAGUGGCUCAACGCUUUGUACAGCCUGGGGCUGCCUAGCGGUGGUGAUGGCUUCCUGGCUGGGCUGGCCACAGGCACUGCCCUGUGCCAACAUGCCAAUGCUGUCACUGAGGCCGCCCGUGCCUUGGCCGCUGCCCGGCCGGCCCACAGUGUGGCCUUCCAGGCGCACGGUGUGGCGCCCGGCUCCUUCGUAGCCCGCGACAAUGUGGCCACCUUCAUCGGCUGGUGCCGCGCGGAGCUGGGUGUGCCUGAAGUGCUCAUGUUCGAGACCGAGGACUUAGUGCUGCGUAAGAAUGAGAAGAGUGUGGUGCUGUGCCUGCUGGAGGUGGCACGGCGUGGGGCCCGCCUCGGCCUGCUCGCCCCCCGCCUCGUGCAGUUUGAGCAGGAGAUCGAGCGGGAGCUGCGUGCUGCAGCCCCACCCCCCAACGCCCCCGCCACCGGGGAGGACCCCACUGAGGCUGCCAUGGCAACGGGGACUCCUUCCCGUGGGCCCCGCAUGACGCCCAACGACGUGCGCAACCUCGAUGAGCUGGUGAGGGAGAUCCUGGGCGGAUGCACCUGCCCAGACCAGUUCCCCAUGAUCAAGGUGUCUGAGGGGAAGUACCGAGUGGGGGAUUCCAGCCUACUCAUCUUUGUGCGGGUGCUGAGGAGCCACGUGAUGGUGCGUGUGGGUGGUGGCUGGGACACGCUGGAGCACUACCUGGACAAGCACGACCCGUGCCGCUGCUCCUCCACUGCCCACCGCCCACCCCAGCCCAGGGCUCGAACCUUCUCUCCCCAGAGGGUGUCGCCCACACCCAGCUCCCGAGCUGGUAGCCCGGCCCCUGGGGGUGAGCGCCGGGGCUCCCGGCCUGAGGUGACUCCCAUUAGCCUACGCAGCUCCAAGGAGGGGCCCGAGACCCCACUCAGGCCCCGCGAUCAGCUGCUCCCCAAUCCCCGCUCCCGCCGCUACUCGGGGGACAGUGACUCCUCAGCCUCCUCAGCCCAGAGUGGCCCCCUUGGUGCCCGCAGUGAUGACACAGGCGCUGGCCCCCGGAGGGAGCGGCCCAGCCGACGGCUGACCACCGGCCCCCCGGCCUCCCCAAGGCGGCCCCCCACCCCGCGCAGCCAGUCCCGAGACCGGUUGGAUUGGGGUCGGCCCCGAGGGGCCCCAGGGGGCAGGGGGGCCCAGCUGGUGGCCCCCAGCCUUACCCGCCGGGCGCGAAGCCAGAGCCGCGAGGAGCAGGCUGUGCUGCUCGUGCGCAGGGACCGAGAUGGGCAGCACUCGUGGGUGCCACGGAGCAGGGGUGGCAGAGACUCAGGCAGGAGCAGCCCCCAGACGCCCCGGGCCCGCAGCCCUGCAGCACCCCGGCCUGCCCGGGUUCCUAGCCCCAGUCCAGAGUUGGGCAGCACACCAGCCAGCAUCUUCCGCACGCCCCUGCAGCUGGACCCACAGCAGGAGCAGCAGCUAUUCCGGCGUCUGGAAGAGGAGUUCCUGGCCAAUGCCUGUGCCCUCAAGGCUGCUGGUGCGAACCCUUCCGGCCCUCCCCCUGACCCAGCUCGAAUCCCGGACCCUCCAGCCCCUGACUCAGCCUACUGUUCCUCCAGCUCCUCCUCCUCCUCCCUCAGUGUCCUGGGCAGCAAGUGUGGCCCCCCUGGGGACCAUGCCCGGACAGCCAAUGGGCAGUCCAGGCCCCGAGGCCCAGCCCUAUCCAGCUCUUCCGAUGAGGGCAGCCCCUGCCCUGGUGUUGGGGGGCCACCUGAUGCACCUGGGACCCCCCUUGCCGGCCCGGAGCCUUUGAGGACCUGGGCCCGGGGCCGGAUGGACACGCAGCCGGACCGGAAGCCCUCCCGCAUCCCCACGCCGAGCGGCCCCCGACGCCCAUCUGGACCCACAGAGCCUGGAGCCUGGCGUACCCUGCACUCAGUCAGCACAAGGGCUGAGCCUGAUUCCUGGAUGUGAUGGACCAGCCCAGCUAUCCCCAGGCCCAGUUCCUUCUCCCUUUCCUUUGUGGCCUUAACCCCUCUGCAUCAGGGAGCUCCCUCUGCCUCUUGGGUACCAGACUUCAUGGGACCAGUCCUCUUGGGACCACAUGGCACAAUAGGACCUGUUGCACAUUCCAGGUGGGGCGUGAGCAUUGCUAUUUAAUUACUAAUAUUAUUGAAUGCCUUAGAGGAGGCCAGGCUGGCUUAGUGCCCUGUAGGCCUGUGGCCCUGCAGAGCCUCUGACAGUAAAGUUUUGCUCCAGC